AUGCACCCUGUUUCAGUCCCCUCCCAGCCCUUUACGACAACUCCUGCAAAACAACUUGUUUCAAGGAGCACUGCUGUGAGGAAGGCCAUCCAUUUUGUCAACCUACGGAGAGCUGGAAGGUCUAGUGGAAACAUGGCUAUGAAUUCCAUACCGAAACCUGCCCUUGGGCCCGAAACAUCUGGGAGGGAGGAUUUUGCUGUGGGGGAUAAGGAUGCUGUGGUCAUUGUUGAUCAUGGAUCAAGACGCCAAGAAUCCAAUCUCAUGCUAAUAAACCUGAUUUUUCUUGCAAGCCUUAUCUUUUGCAUUCACGGUGCUUUUACUGUGUCUUGA